AUGUCCACCACCACAACCUCAGUCAGCGCAACCAACACCGCCAGCUGUGGCGGCAGCGUCUGGCAAAUCCCCACAACAGACUACGCUUGCGCCGCCAUCAUCAGCGGCAACAUGACCGAUGCCAUGGACCAGUGCUGCAAGGACGCUUCCCCCAAGAAGUACGACAACGACUGCGGCAUCUACUGUCUGGCCCAAGGCCAGGACAUCGGUUCCCUUCAAUCCUGCAUCUCCAGCAAGAGCGGUAACUACCAUGACGUCUUUUGUAAUACCUCCCGCCAGAACGCGACCGCCACUGCUGCUGCCACCAAAACUUCUACCUCCACUGGCACCCAGACCGGCACUUUGACCUCGACUUCCACUCACAACGCGGCUGUUGCCAAGCAGCCUGUAUCCAUGUCUGGAAUUGGUCUUGUUGCUUUGAUCUUCGGGUCGACUUUCAUGGCUGCUUUCUCUUAA